CCCGAGUGCGAACUUUUCAUGGAGACAGAACUCGAAAGUUGAAAAAGUUUCUGUUUCCUGUUUUCUGUUUUGCAAAGAUGACAGGGUCAGAUAUCGGAUCUAUCAUCGGCCUUGGUGUAGAUUUAAUAUUUUUCACCAUAUUUUAUAGAUGGUUUAAGACAAUUAACAGGUCGGCAGAUGAAAUAAAGAAAGCACCAUAUCGUAAGCUAGAUGACAGCCUCGUCAAAGAGCUAUCUGAGGGCAAAUCAUCAUGUCUGGCAUAUGCUUGUGUUGAAGGGGAAGUUAUGCCGGUGAGAGAAGUGUUACACAGCAGACAUGCCGAGGGAAAGACUGGGGUUAUGCAGCAUAUAAUAAUAACUGAACAUAAAUCGAAAAGGCUACAGGGUAUCUGGACAGAUGUUAAAAAUACCAUUCAGGACAAGAUACAGACCGUUCCAUUUACUAUUAAACGCUGGCUGGGAAAAGAAGCAAAAACCGAAAUUCUUGUCACAGAACCAACCACUGCUAACUUCCUGUUGGAUGAUCUAACAAUUACCCAUGAUGUAUUUGAACCUGUUGAAGGAGGCAAUAUGCUUUCACGUGGCAUGGAUCAUCUUUUCGGCGAUGUAAGCAAAGGAUAUCACGAGACAGAAAAAAUGUUACUUACCAAUACCUUACUUCUAGGAAUUGGAGAAAUAGCAUACCUUGAUAACAAAUUACAACUUCAACCUCCGAAAAAUGGUCAGAUGUAUAUAUUGACAAAACUGAGCCGGGGUGAGGUAAUAAAGAAACUUGAAAAUAAGUCCUUUUGGGUAAAGUUUUUCAUGCUAAGUGCUGGUGCUAUAGGUACAGCUCUGUUGAUACAUAUUAUUUAUAAACAGAUAAAAAUAUUUAAAGCUAAAAGAAUUCGUGAAGAUUUUAUCAACAGUGUGCGUGAAUUACGACGUCAAACCGAAGAUCAAAGAGAAGAAAGUGAUAAUGAUAUAAGUAGCUCUUGUGUGGUUUGUUUAUCGAAUCCGAGAGAGAUUGUCCUGCUAGACUGUGGACAUAUAUGUCUCUGUGCGGAAUGUGUUACAAUUUUACCCGAGCCUUUGAAGUGUCCUGUGUGUCGCCAGGAUGUUGAUAGAUAUUUAACCACUUAUAAUCCAUAGUAACAAAUAUCAAAUUGUAGUUUUUUCAAAUAAGAUUUUUAAAUGGUAAUCAUAGUUAAAAUCCUAACGAUGUUGUUAAAAGAUGUCAGAGUACAAUUGUAGGAUUUACUAUAAAUUUGCUGCUUUGAAUGAUGGACAUGUCUGGUUAUUAAUUUUGAUUGUUCAGUGUUUAAUCAGGUCAUUUCAAUAUCUCAAAAUUAACAAUAUUUUUUAGCAAUAGGCAGUAUAAGGUGUGAUCUCAGAAUGUGAAGAUGCAUUGUUUGGUCCCUCUCUAUACUGGUAGGAUGAGUAUACUGGAGCACGAGCCUAUUUUCACGGAAAUGACACCAUCAAUUUUCCCCAACCAAAGGGUGACUUUGUUUUAUAAAGACAUGAUAAAAUUUAUUUUUAUAAAAGAUUUUGCAUGAUACAACAA